AUGGAUAAGUUUCUCAUCAAGUUACCAAAGCCAAAAGAUGGCCAACCAAGUUCUAGCUCUAAUCAACCAUUUGUGAGUUCACAAGUUGCUCCGGAAGUUCAAAGACAUACAAAUUCUUUUCCACUUUCAAAUAUGGAUAAUAUGCUUGAUUUUAAAUCUCUUGAAGCAGAUCCCAAAGAUCGAAUGCCUAUUUCAUCUUAUGGUCCUAAUAUUCGAGAUGCGGUAAGGAGGUAUUACAUUCAAAAAAAGCCAUGUCAGCAUGUUGAUCAUAUAUUCCCUAAAACUAAGUUUGGAGAAAAAAUGCGUCAAUUUCGACCAACUUGGUUUAAAAGAAGAUCUCAAUGGUUGGAAUAUAGCAUUAAAGCAGACGCGGUAUUUUGUUUGUGUUGUUAUUUGUUCAAGAAUGAACUUGAAAGUCGUGGAAAUGCCGGAGAUUCAUUUACAAGAGAUGGUUUUAGGUGUUGGAACAAAGCUUUAGAAAGAUUCAAAAAACAUGUUGGUAAGGUAAAUAAUAUCCAUCAUAAAUGUUUCAAUAGGAUGCAAGAUUUGAAAAACCAACGACAAUCGAUCCAAUCUUCUUUUGACAAGCAAAGUGAAAAGGCAAGAAGUGAUUAUCGGAUGCGUUUAAAUGCCUUAAUUGAUGUAGCAAGAUUUCUCUUGACAUCGGGAUUUCCAUUUCGUGGGCAUGAUGAAAGUGAAGGUUCCGAAUAUAAGGGUGCUUUUCUUGAACUUUUGAAAUGGUAUGGGGAUAGAAGUUUUGAUGUGGGAAGAGUAAUAUUAGGUAAUGCUCCACAAAAUGAUAUGAUGAUUUGUCCGACAAUUCAAAAAGAUAUUGUGGAGGCUUGUGCUAAAGAAACAACUAAGGCUAUCAUUGAAGACUUGGACGGUGAUUAUUUUGGAAUAUUAGUUGAUGAAUCAAAGGAUGUUUCUCAUAAGGAGCAAAUGGCUCUAAUUUUGAGAUAUGUCAACAAAAGUGGAAUGGUGUUGCUAUUGACGAAUGAGUUGAAUAAAGUUUUACAAAAGAAAGAUCAAGAUAUCGUUAAUGCUAUGGGAUUGCUUGACCUUUCAAAGAAACGAUUGCAAAUGAUGAGAGAGGAUGAAUGGCACUCUAUGAUGAGAGCGGUCAGCUUAUUUUGUGGUAAACAUGGAAUUUCAAUUCCCAAAAUGAAUGAAGACUACUCUAAUGGGAAGUCGAAGCGUAAGAGGUCCAAUAUUUCAUAUUUGCAUCACUUUCGUAUGGAAGUAUUUUAUGCCGUCAUUGAUUUGGCACUUCAAGAACUCAAUAAUCGUUUUGAUGUGGUGACUAGUACUUGCUCCUCGUGUGAUAACAAGUUUCUCAACUUGAAGGGAAUCAAGGAUCUUGCAAAAGUGAUGAUAGAGACAAAACUAGAUCAAACUUGGUCACUUGUGUAUCUACUUGUGAAGCUAACUUUGAUUAUUCUUGUUGCUACCGCAAGCGUGGAAAGAGCGUUCUCAUCAAUGAAGUACAUAAAGAAUGAUUUGCGUAAUAGGAUGGAUGAAAAUCUUUUGAAUGGUUAUUUAGUUUGCUAUAGAGCGUAG